AUGUCAACUUCAACAUCAAAAACAAUUAUCUUUGAACAAUUUGGACAAUCAGAUGUACUAAAGGUUAAGGAGGUACCUGUUCCAAGUGUUGGUGAUGGUCAGGUUAGAGUCAAGGUCGCAGCAGUUGGUCUGAACAGAGCAGAGGCAUUGAUUAGAGCUGGUAUAUUCUUUGAGAAGCCAACAUUGCCAAGUGGAAUUGGAUAUGAAGGAGCAGGCACAGUCGAGGCAAUUGGCAAGGGUGUUACAAAGUUCAAGGUUGGUGAUCGUGUCGUUGUAAUACCAACUGCCAGAAUAUCACCAUCCUCGACGACCAACUCGGAACACAUCGUCUUCCCUGAGAACCUACUCGCGCCAAUCCCCGCCAAUCAAUCAUUCGCUGACGCCGCUGCCACCUGGACUGCAUACCUCACAGCAUAUUUUGCCAUCUAUGAGUAUGGCAUCACGAUCAAGAGCACCGACACUGUGGUCAUCACCGCGGCCAGCAGCUCAGUUGCCCUGGCAUUUAUCCACUAUGUCAAAUCAUUUGGAGCGACUGUCAUUGCCACGAGCCGAACAAAUGCAAAGAAAGAUCAGAUCAUUGCCCAGGGUGCCGAUCACUUCAUCGCGACUGGCGAGGAGGACCUGGUCAAACGUAUUAGAGAGUUGACCAAGGGUGCUGGUGCUAACUUGUUCUUGGACCCCGUGGGCGGCGCUCAGCUCGAGAAGUUGGUCUUUGCCGCAGCCUAUGAAGCAUCAUUCAUCAUCUAUGGUACAUUGUCCCGCGAGCCAGCUGUACUGCCUGUUGGCGCCACCAUUGGCAAUCACUUGACCAUCAAAGGAUAUAGUGUUUUAUCAUUCUAUCAGAACCCACAAGCAGUUGAACGUGCUCAACAAUUCAUCACCAAGUUCAUCGCCACCCACAAGGUACCAUCCAUUGUUGGACAGGUCCUAAAAGGAAUUGAAUCGAUUCCAGCUGGACACAUGAUCCUUGACUCUGCCGACCUCUUUGGUAAAGUGAUCGUCGAGUUCUAG